GGUUGAACUUGAUGAUGGUGUUUUUCCAACCCUAUGUAACUAUGUAUGUAACAGAUAAUUAAAUUAGCAUGGGCCCAAAUGUACUAUUGCAGGCUGUCUGGGGUCUGUGUAUUGUGGGACAAUAGUCCGGGUGGGGCCCUUUGUCUCCCUAGUGACUGGGUCUCUCCAUACCUGAUACAUAUGGAAUUACCCCCCUUGGUUAGGGGAGGAGACAGGGGAUUACUAGGUGAGACAAAGGGACCAAUUAGAUGUUCAGAGGAGGGGUAACUGGGAAGUUGAACAUAAAUAUUGGGCAGAAUCUCAGUACUGAGGGGGCAAAGAGAAGAAAUGGAGAAUCAGCCCAGAGUGACCCGGUAUCCUGGGAUUGGUUCCCCAGUGGUUCUGUUGGAGAGAAUAAGGAUUAAUCUAGAGCAAAUGUUUCCCAGUCCUAAAGACGAUCAGGAUAUGAGCCCCGGGGCAACGAUGGCACUUCGGAUCAUGAACUGCUUCAAGGAUAAGGGGAGAAAGAUCUCUGAAACACCAUUACAGAUGAAACAAGAGAACCCCCAGAGUGGAGCAGCCAGUGGUCUCCCCUAUACACAGGAUUUAGCCAAAGAUCAGUCCCACCCAGACCACCAAAUGUUCAUCCACAAGAGCAUUAAUACAGACUCACUGGAGAAUUUGGGUACAGAUUCCGAGGAGAAGAAUUUCUCUCAAAAUAAUAGUUUUGCCGUAAACCAAAAAGGCUUGAAACCCUUCCCUUGUACUGAAUCUGCUAAAGAUCCCUCACACCAGCAACUUCUCACAGGGGAGAAACCAUUCACUUGUACAGAAUGUGGGAAAGAAUUUUCUGAUAGGUCCAGCCUUCACUCACACCAUAGAAUCCAGACAUGGGAGAAACCUUUCUCUUAUACAGAAUGUGGGAAAGAAUUUUUUGAUAGGUCCAACCUUAACUCACACCUGAAAAUCCACACAGGGGAGAAACCUUUCUCUUGUACAGAAUGUGGGAAAGAAUUUGCUUAUAAAAGCCGCCUUCACUCACACCAGAAAAUUCACACGGGGGAGAAACCUUUCUCUUGUACAGAAUGUGGGAAAGAAUUCUCUCAAAAAAGCAGCCUUCACUCACACCUGAGAAUCCACACAGGGGAGAAACCUUUCUCUUGUACAGAAUGUGGGAAAGAAUUCUCUCAAAAAAGCAGCCUUCACUCACACCUGAGAAUCCACACAGGGGAGAAACCUUUCUCUUGUACAGAAUGUGGGAAAGAAUUCUCUCAAGAAAGCCACCUUCACAGACACCAGAAAAUCCACACAGGGGAGAAACCUUUCUCUUGUACAGAAUGUGGGAAAGAAUUUUCUGAUAGGUCCAACCUUCACUCACACCUGAAAAUCCACACAGGGGAGAAACCUUUCUCAUGUACAGAAUGUGGGAAAGAAUUUUCUGAUAGGUCCAACCUUCACUUACACCUGAAAAUCCACACAGGGGAGAAACCUUUCCAUUGUACAGAAUGUGGGAAAGAAUUCUCUCGGCAAAGCCACCUUGACAGACACCAGAAAAUCCACACAGGGGAGAAACCUUUCCAUUGUACAGAAUGUGGGAAAGAAUUUUCUGAUUGGACCAGCCAUCACAGUCACCUGAAAAUCCACACAGGGGAGAAACCUUUCUUUUGUACAGAAUGUGGGAAAGAAUUUUCUGAUAGGUCCAGCCUUCACAGACACCAGAAAAUCCACACAGGGGAGAAACCUUUCCAUUGUACAGAAUGUGGGAAAGAAUUUUCUGAUAGGUCCAGCCUUCACAGACACCAGAAAAUCCACACAGGGGAGAAACCUUUCUCUUGUACAGAAUGUGGGAAAGAAUUCUCUCAAGAAAGCCACCUUCACAAACACCAGAAAAUCCACACAGGGGAGAAACCUUUCUCUUGUACAGAAUGUAGGAAAGAAUUUUUUGAUAGGUACAGCCUUCACUCACACCUGAGAAUCCACACAGGGGAGAAACCUUUCUCAUGUACAGAAUGUGGGAAAGAAUUUUCUGGUAGGUCCAACCUUCACAGACACCUGAAAAUCCACACAGGGGAGAAACCUUUCUCUUGUACAGAAUGUGGGAAAGAAUUUUCUGGUAGGUCCAACCUUCACAGACACCUGAAAAUCCACACAGGGGAGAAACCUUUCCAUUGUACAGAAUGCGGGAAAGAAUUUUCUGAUUGGACCAGCCAUCACAGUCACCUGAAAAUCCACACAGGGGAGAAACCUUUCUCUUGUACAGAAUGUGGGAAAGAAUUCUCUCAAAAAAGCAGCCUUCACUCACACCAGAAAAUCCACACAGGGGAGAAACCUUUCUCUUGUACAGAAUGUGGGAAAGAAUUCUCUCAAAAAAGCAGCCUUCACUCACACCAGAAAAACCACACAGGGGAGAAACCUUUCUCUUGUAUAGAAUGUGGGAAAGAAUUUUUUGAUAGGUCCAGCCUUCACUCACACCUGAAAAUCCACACAGGGGAGAAACCUUUCUCUUGUACAGAAUGUGGGAAAGAAUUUUCUGAUAGGUCCAACCUUAACUCACACCUGAAAAUCCACACAGGGGAGAAACCAUUCUCUUGUACAGAAUGCGGGAAAGAAUUCUCUCGAAAAAGCCACCUUCAAUCACACCAGAAAAUCCACACAGGGGAGAAAUCUUUCUCUUGUACAGAAUGCGGGAAAAAAUUAUCUCGAAAAAGCAGCCUUCAAUCACACCAGAAAAUCCACACAGGGGAGAAAUCUUUCUCUUGUACAGAAUGUGGGAAAGAAUUUUCUGAUAGGUCCAGCCUUCAUAGACACCUGAAAAUCCACACAGGGGAGAAACCUUUCUCUUGUACAGAAUGUGGGCAAGAAUUCUCUCGAAAAAGCAACCUUCACUCACACCAGAAAAUCCACACAGGGGAGAAACCUUUCUCUUGUACAGAAUGCGGGAAAAAAUUCUCUCGAAAAAGCAGCCUUCACUCACACCAGAAAAUCCACACAGGGGAGAAAUCUUUCUCUUGUACAGAAUGCGGGAAAAAAUUCUCUCGAAAAAGCCACCUUCAUAGACACCUGCAAAUCCACACAGGGGAGAAACCUUUCUCUUGUACAGAAUGUGGAAAAUAAUUUUCUGGUAGGUCCAACCUUCAUAGACACCUGCAAAUCCACACAGGGGAGAAACCUUUCUCUUGUACAGAAUGUGGAAAAUAAUUUUCUGGUAGGUCCAACCUUCAUAGACACCUGCAAAUCCACACAGGGGAGAAACCUUUCUCUUGUACAGAAUGUGGGAAAAAAUUUCCUAUAGGUCCAGCCUUCACUCACACCAGAAAUCCACACAGGAGAGAAACCAUUUACUUGCACAGAAUGUGGGAAACAAUACACUUGCAAGAGCAGCUUUUGGUUACACCCAAAACACAAAAGAAUCUUUCUACUUACAGAAUCUUUCUACUUAUACAGAAUGUGGCAAACAUUUUACUUUCCAUUAUUUUUUAAAUAUAGAAGGAAUGUGCUUUAAGAAGUUAAAAAAAAUCAGCAGCUAGGCUGACCUGAUAGGGAACUGAAGCCUGUCUGUGCUUGUGUGACUGCAGGGCUGUGAUUGGCUCUCCCCUUCCUACUGUGCUUCUGGCAGGGACCGUUAGGACACGCCCACCCCUCAUUUUAAACACAGACAGGGACCAUAGCAGCUCUAUGAGCUCUAAUAAAGGGGAUGUUUUUAAAGGAAAUUUACAUUUUAGCCCAGUUUGAAACCAGCACCAAAUAUUAUUCAUUAUUAUUAUUAUUACAAGACUGGGGGAGUCUCACUUACUGUAUAUGUCUACUUUAACUAACACCAUAGAAUCCACACAGGGGAGAAACCAUUCACAAUAAGGAAAAACAUUUUCUCAGAACAAUGCAAUGGAGGCAAAUUUGAAUGAUUAAAGCUGAAUGUAUAAAUGUAUGUAUUCCUUGUCCCUACGCUGCUGCCAUCACCCAAUGCAAAUAACUAUCAAGCCCAGUAGUUAGUUGAGUAUUGGGCACCUUCAUUUUUAUGAUAAAAUAAUUCUUCAUGGCUUGUAUAGCAAACUGAGGCGUUAGGGCCAAAUUUAGCUUCAUUUUCUGAGCUUCCAACAUUUAUCACAUGAAACAUGUCUUUGGGCAAGAACAUAGAAAAUUAAAAAAGUUCUCAAUUUUGUGCUUUACAAUUAGGACAUAAAUAUCUUUCCUGUAAUUUAUACAUUUCUUUGGUAAUAUCCCAAGAUUUUAUAUCUAAUCUAAUAUGGGAGAUUGUCUUCUUCUUCCAAGAAGGAAACAUGAAAUUCCUCUCAGAUUUUGUGAAACAUUCCAUGUUAAAUUGGCAAAGCAGUGGGGAAACCUGGUAAUGAAGGAGAUUCCUUUUAAAUAAAGUUUUCUGAGUUUCAUCGUA